CAAACAAAUUAGAUAAAUUUUCAAAUUUAAGCAAUUCAGAAAAAUUAAAUGAAUAUUCAAAUAAUUUAAGCAAUUCAGAACGAUACUCAAAUAAAUCAAAUGAAUUAGAUCAAUAUUCUAGUGAAAGUUCAAGUAAAUCAGAUAUAGAUUGGGUUAUUAAUGAAGAAGACUCUUUACAUAAUUAUGAGAAUAAUCAGGAAGAGCAAUUACUUGACAAUAUAGAUUGGGAGGAUAAUAAGACAGAAUAUUUACAUGAUUAUAUAAUUUUGGACAAUUUGGAGGAUUACGAAAAAUAUUUACAAGAUAAUGAUAAUGAUUUAACAAAUUCAGAUAAUAAUACAGAGCAGAAUACCUAA